AUGGCCUUGGUCCUAGACGCCGCAGUGGACUCUGAGACCUCACAGGUGCUCCAGGACGUGGCCAACCGCCUGCGAAUCCACUCAAUCAGGGCCACGUGCGCCUGCAACUCGGGCCAUCCCACGUCGUGCUGCAGCGCCGCGGAGAUCAUGGCGGUGCUCUUCUUCCACACCAUGAGGUACAAACACACAGACCCAGAACACCCUGACAACGACCGCUUUGUCCUCUCCAAGGGCCACGCUGCGCCCAUCCUCUACGCGGUUUGGGUGGAGGUGGGCAGCAUGUGCGAAUCCGAGCUGCUAAACUUGCGGAAAAUCCACUGCGACCUGGAGGGCCAUCCCACCCCUCGGCUGUCGUUUGUGGAUGUGGCCACGGGGUCUCUCGGGCAAGGACUGGGUGCUGCGUGUGGAAUGGCGUACACCGGUAAGUACUUUGACAAGGCCAGCUACCGGGUGUUCUGCCUCAUGGGGGAUGGUGAGUCCUCUGAAGGCUCUGUCUGGGAGGCCUUGGCCUUUGCUUCCCACUACAACUUGGAUAAUCUUGUAGCCAUCUUUGACGUGAACCGCUUGGGACAGAGCGGUGCUGCACCCUUAAAGCACUGUACAGACGUCUAUGAGAAGCGCUGCCAAGCGUUCGGCUGGAACACUUACGUCGUGGAUGGGCACGAUGUCGAAGCCCUCUGCCAGGCCUUUCAGAAAGCAGCUCAAGUCAAGAGCAAACCUACUGCCCUGAUUGCCAAGACCUUCAAGGGUAGGGGUAUUCCAAAUGUUGAGGAUGCAGAAAAUUGGCAUGGGAAGCCUAUGCCCAAAGACAGAGCUGAUGGAAUUGUCAAAUUAAUUGAGAGCCAGAUAAAAACAAACAGAAACCUCAAACCAAAGGCACCUGUGGAAGACUCACCCCAGAUCACCAUCUCCGAUAUAAAAAUGAGCUCUCUACCUGCAUAUAAACUGGGUGAUCCGAUAGCUACUCGGGAAGCAUAUGGCUUGGCUCUGGCUAAACUGGGCCAUUCUAACAAAAGAGUUAUUGUUCUAGACGGUGACACAAAAAAUUCUACUUUUUCGGAGAUAUUCAAGAAAGAACACCCUGAGCGUUUCAUAGAGUGCUUUAUUGCGGAACAAAACAUGGUAAGUGUGGCACUGGGGUGUGCCACACGAGACCGAACCAUUGUUUUUGUUAGUACCUUUGCUGCCUUCCUGACCCGAGCCUUUGAUCAGAUCCGAAUGGGAGCCAUCUCUCAAACCAACAUCAACUUUGUUGGUUCCCACUGUGGGGUAUCCAUUGGAGAAGAUGGGCCUUCCCAGAUGGCCCUGGAGGAUCUAGCCAUGUUCAGAAGCAUUCCCAACUGCACCGUUUUCUAUCCAAGCGAUGCUGUUGCUACAGAGUAUGCUGUUUAUCUGGCCGCCAACACCAAGGGUAUGUGCUUCAUUCGGACCAGCCGGCCAAAAACUGCAGUCAUUUAUACUUCACAAGAGAACUUUGUGAUUGGACAAGCCAAGGUGAUCCGCCACAGUGCAGUUGACAAGGUGACAGUUAUUGGAGCAGGAGUUACUCUACAUGAAGCCUUAGUAGCUGCUGAUGAACUAGCUCUGCAAGGUAUUUCUAUUCGGGUCAUUGACCCAUUCACUAUCAAGCCCCUGGAUGCUGCCACCAUCAUCCAAAGUGCCAAAGCCACAGGUGGCCGGAUCAUCACAGUGGAAGAUCACUACCGAGAAGGUGGCAUUGGGGAAGCCGUAUGUGCAGCCAUCUCUAGAGAGCCUGACAUCCUUGUUCAGCAGCUUGCGGUAACAGGAGUGCCUCGAAGUGGGAAACCUAGUGAACUGCUGGAAAUGUUUGGAAUCAGUGCCAGACACAUUAUAGCAGCUGUGAAAGACGCCGUAAUGAAAUGA